AUGAUCAUCCUCUACUCAGACUCCUCACGAGGAAAGAGGAGGAGAGCAGAGGAGGGAAGCAGCCAGAGUUUCGAAGAGGGAAAAAGCAAGGUUCCCAACACUGAGGCUCCAGCAAGGAAGAAGAGGAAGUUGGCAGCAACCCGGCCCUCAACUCAAGGACAGAAGAAAGACACUGAGCCAGAAGCUCCUCGAGGAAAGAGAAAGAGAGCUGAGGAAGAAGACAGCCAGAGUGUUGGAGAGGGAACGAGCAAGUUUCCCCACAAUGAAGCUCCACCCGCUGAGCCAGACUCCUUUAAAUCCCGCUACGUGGUUGGAGACGAACUUGGUCAAGGAGGCUUUGGAUCUGUCUACAAAGGAAGCCGCAUUUCUGAUGGCCUACAGGUGGCUAUCAAAUUCGUCUCAAAACGAAAAACAAGCCGAUUUCUGUACAGUCCUGUUGAGUCCAAGGCUGUGCCUGCAGAAGUAGCGCUAAUGCAGAUAAUGAGCCAGCCACCCAUCUGCAACAACAUAGUACAGCUGAUUGAAUGGUUUGAUGAGCCUCAGAGAUACAUCUUAAUCCAGGAGCGCCCUGACCCGUGCAUGGACUUGGAGAGUUUCCUGAAAAAACAGGGAAACUGCAUGGAUGAAGACAUGGCCCGAGACAUAAUGGUCCAAGUGGUAGAGGCAGUGAACCAAUGCAGUAAGCGAGGUGUCCUGCAUCGCGACAUCAAAUUGCAGAACUUGCUGAUCAACAUAGACACCCUAGAGGUCAAACUUAUUGACUUUGGUUGCGGUGACCUGAUCAAGACAACGCCGUAUGACAGAUAUGCAGGCACGUUCCGAUACUGUCCUCCUGAGUUUCUUGUGUACGGGAGCUAUGAUGCUGAUCCUGCAACAGUGUGGUCACUUGGUGUCCUGCUGUUCAGGAUGGUUUAUGGACACCUUCCCUUUGCUAGCAAAUUUGAGACCAUAGUGGGGAUUUUUGUCUUCAAGGAUGGCCUGUCUAAGGAAUGCCGUAAUCUGAUUGCCUGGUGCCUGGAGUGGCUCCCUUCCAAGAGGCCUAGUUUGCAGCAGAUCAGGCAGCAUGAGUGGUUGCAGUGCACCAUCCAAACAUAG